AAGAACAUUAUUUAUCCAUGCCUGAUCAUUCAUUUUGUUAUUUUAUCUUGCAGUGAUUUACUUGGUCAAUAUGGGGAAGUCCUCGGAUUAGACUCGAGAAUGAUUCCUGAAAAUUAUGCGGGUAAUCAAUAUGCUGAGGCAUUGGUCAAAGCUUGGACUGAAUAUAACAACCCAAGUGCUGUUAUCAUGAUUGUGGUUCAAGCUGAGGAACGCAACAUGUAUGAUCAACACUGCCUUUCUGUUAACUUGAGAAAAAGACAUUAUGUCAAAACUCUUCGGAAAACACUGGCAGAAAUCGAUAGGGAGGGAGAACUGCAAUCUGAUGGAACACUCCUUGUAGAUGGCCAAGCAGUUGCAGUUGUGUACUACAGGGCUGGAUAUACACCCACUGACUAUCCUUCUGAAUCGGAAUGGAAAGCAAGGUUACUUGUGGAGCAGUCAUCUGCAGUCAAAUGCCCAUCCAUAUCUUACCAUUUAGUGGGCACCAAAAAAAUUCAACAGGAACUUGCACAACCAAAUGUACUUGAAAGGUUCUUUGACAAUAAAGAGGAUAUUGCCAAGAUAAGGAAAUGUUUUACAGGGUUGUGGAGUUUAGAUGACAAAGAUAUAGUAAACAAAGCCAUCGAAACACCAGACCUAUUCAUUAUGAAGCCGCAAAGAGAAGGCGGAGGGAACAAUAUCUAUGGCGAUGAUGUGAGGAAAACCCUUGUAAGAUUGCGGAAGGAAGGGAAUGUAGAAGAUGCUGCUUACAUUCUUAUGCAGAGGAUAUUCCCACCUGUUUACCCAACGAUUUUUGUUCGAGAUGGGAUUUGUUAUAAGGAUCCUGCAAUUUCAGAGCUUGGUAUAUUUGGCGCUUACUUAAGGAACAAGGACAAAGUAAUUGUCAAUGACCAAUGUGGUUACCUGAUGACGACCAAAGUAUCUUCAUCAAAUGAGGGUGGGGUUGCAGCUGGAUUUGCUGUUUUGGACAGUAUUUACUUAACUUGACAACAGGUUUUGUUCCUAAUUCUUCCUUUGCAAAAACCUAUAGAAAAUCCUAAUAAUCCCCAACUAAGGGAAGGAUUUUAUAUAUUCUGCAGACAUCUUUCUCUCCCCCAACUAUGCUGAAUUGAUCUAGAGUUUUCUAUUUAUGGAGUUCAAGUUUCUCUGCCUUAA